GCAGAGAGCCAGUUGGGCUCCACCGCAGACUCACAGAUCUCGGUCGGAAGCGGAUGAAGCAACUUCCACCGAAUCAUUUGUUGCUGCUACACUUUAACCUCGGGCGCACGUUUUAGUUCACGUUACAGUUAGAAUCUACAAAACACCCGUCACCAUCGACUGGAUUACAUUUAAACGAUGAGAGGAAAGUGGUGUUUUUUUCUUUCUUGAAACAUUGCCACACUUGCCGGUGCGGUCUUGCUUUCCUAUGAAAGAACCACUGUGGUAAUUCUCUCUGAGAGCGUCAGGGUGACACGAGUCGUGGUUACUAGAAAGGCAUGUCCUUGGACAGCGGACUUUUUUACUCGAAUGCUCUACUUGACUUCUAAACUUGUUGCUUUUGGUCCGCAGCAGCUACGGAAACACAUUUUGGAUACUUCGGUCGCUCGUUUUUUCGUGACGGCGGCAAAGCAACGGCAAAUAAAGUGGACUUUAACUGAUUAUCUAUAUGUAAAAAGAACUCUACUUGUGAUCGAAACGUAUUUAUGAGGAGAUGUCCUUUUCCUGCCUGGCGGAUCUGUGAGCGCAAAACGGAGCACCGACUCUGCUUCACUUGCACCGGGUCGCGCACAUUGGGUCACCAUGGCAGGUGGAGUCGCAGCGUGGCUACCAUUCGCGCGCGCCGCGGCCAUAGGAUGGAUGCCCGUGGCGAGCGCCCCGAUGCCCCCUCCACCGCGGGACAAGAGGCGAGGUCAAGACGGGCUGAUAAUCUUGAACGUAAGUGGCUCUAGGUUUCAAACUUGGCGGAAUACUUUGGAGAGGUACCCUGACACUUUACUGGGAAGCACAGAACGCGACUUCUUUUACCACGAGGAGACCAACGAGUACUUUUUUGACCGCGACCCGGACAUUUUCAGACACAUCCUUAACUUCUACCGAACCGGGAAACUACACUACCCUCGUCACGAGUGCAUCUCCGCCUAUGACGAGGAGCUGGCCUUCUUCGGCAUCAUUCCCGAGAUAAUAGGGGACUGUUGUUAUGAGGAGUACAAAGAUCGCAGGCGAGAGAAUGCUGAGAGAAUUCAAGACGAUGCGGAAAACGAAAAGAAUAACGAUUUGGUGGUGCCGUCCUUAUCGUUCCGCGAGACCAUGUGGAGAGCUUUUGAGAACCCUCACACCAGCACCAUGGCGCUGGUGUUUUAUUACGUCACUGGCUUUUUCAUAGCUGUUUCAGUUAUGGCGAACGUGGUGGAGACGGUCCCGUGCGGCACCGCGUCAAACAGGGUCAAAGAGCUCUCGUGCGGGGAGCGCUAUGCCCUCGCGUUCUUCUGUUUGGAUACGGCCUGCGUCAUGAUUUUCACGGUCGAGUACUUGCUUCGCUUGAUUGCUGCGCCCAGCAGGUACAAGUUUGUCAAGAGCGUGAUGAGUAUCAUUGACGUGGUGGCCAUCAUGCCUUAUUAUAUCGGCCUGGUCAUGACGGACAACGAGGACGUGAGCGGGGCCUUUGUCACCCUAAGGGUCUUCAGGGUCUUUCGGAUUUUCAAAUUUUCGCGGCACUCUGCUGGACUGCGCAUCCUGGGUUACACACUGAAGAGUUGCGCGUCUGAACUGGGCUUCCUGCUCUUCUCGCUCACCAUGGCCAUCAUCAUCUUCGCCACCGUCAUGUUCUACGCAGAGAAGGGCUCCUCCUCCAGCAAGUUCACUAGCAUACCGGCCGCUUUCUGGUACACCAUAGUCACCAUGACAACGCUGGGAUAUGGAGACAUGGUUCCCAAGACCAUUAUGGGAAAGAUCUUCGGCUCUAUUUGUUCUCUGAGUGGCGUGCUGGUGAUCGCUCUUCCUGUGCCCGUCAUCGUGUCCAAUUUCAGCCGGAUCUACCACCAGAGUCAACGUUCAGAAAAGCGGCGUGCCCAAAAGAAAACCAGGCUUGCUAGAAUUCGUGUGAGGAAGAGCGGUGGUGCUAACGCUUAUUUGCAGUACAAACUCAAUGGGAUGCUGGUGGACAUGGAGGAGGAGGCAUCAAAAGAGGCGGGCCAAGCUCUGGUAUGUAAGUCCAACCCCACUUUUGAUACCCAACAUCACCAUCUUCUUCACUGCUUGGAGAAAACCACGAAUCAUGAGUUUGUGGACGAGCAGACCUAUGAGACGAGCUGUAUGGAGGUUUCUGGAGUGAAGCCAUCCAUGUCUUGCUCUUCAUCAUCGUCUUCCUCUCCGCACAGCCUCUCCUGCUGCUCGCGCAGGAACAAGCGCAAGAGCUUUAACGUCCCCAAUUCCAACAUGACAGGUGUACGCAGAGGCAGCAUACAGGAGCUCAGCACCAUUCACAUCAGAGAGAGACCGCUGAGCAACAGUCGUUCCAGCCUCAAUGCCAAGUUCGAGGAAACGGUACCUCUUAAUUCGGAAGAGCAGCCCUACAUCACUGCCGCUGUCAUCAGCAUGCCGACUCCGCCUGUGACCACGCCCGAGUGCGGAGACUCCUCCAGCUCGACCGACUUCUUGCGAAGCAACAUUGUCAGGGUGUCGGCGCUAUAGACCAACCACAGUGACCAUUAGCUGUUUUAUUUGGCGACUGGACGCUGGAACAGAAGGAAUUGAUGGAGCCCCCUAGUGUAGUAGAGGAGGCAUUGCAGCAGGGUGGGCCGUAGCUGGGGUUUUUUACCGGCUCAUGUCCAGGGCUCUGCUUCACUGUUCCGGGAUGUCAGCUCCGCCUGUGGGCUCAUACAUCAUGUGACUCAUACCUGGGCCCUAUAGGCUUUCACUCAACCCAUAGAGGAAAUGGAAAACGAUAACCAUACCAUUGUGGUUAUUAGCGUCUAUACUUUUGAGUAUUGUGUGUGUUUGAAUUUGUUGUCUUAAAUUUAAUGAGGUCGACAGCUAUUUGUGAUGAUGCGUGUACCAGCAGGGGUGGGAUUUUACAGUAUGAUAUUUACAAGCUCUACACACAGAUACUUUUGAUACUUUGAAGUAAAGCUGGGCUCUACUAGGGUACAAGGUUUUUGCGUGCGUGCGCGUAUGGUAAAGACCGGUCUCUUGCAUGUUUUGCAUUCAUAAGUCUUUGUCUUAUUUCCAAUUCGGCAUGAGCGAUAAGGAUUGGCUGUGUGGGUGUGUUUAAUUGUCAGUAUUUUGCCUAUUUAUACAGUAUUGAUUUGCAGCAACCAGGAGCCCCAGAAUGAGCAGCUGUCAAAUAAAGGUUUUUUGUUUGUUGGCCUUUGUGGCGAUAAACAGAAAAUCUGUCUCGGACAUGUUGCAUUCACCUCUCGCUCGGCCUGAUAGAAUGUUUAUUUUUCCUUUUCUCAUGGCCGAGUGCAAAGCAGAGGUGACCAGAAAAGGGAAGCAACCUUUUGUGUUUCCGUGUCUGGAGAUUUUUGGCUCACACUGACGGAUGAGGUUCGAGGACUUAAAUACUAGCCAUUCCAUUUUAUACUCAAAAGUUUGCCAGUUAACUGUGAAAAGAAAAACAAUGUACUUAUUUUAUUUAUUAGGUUUGAUGAAAUUCCACUACUGUGCAUGUUGUCGUGAUCAUGGUGAAGCCUGGACCAGAACAUUGGCCCGUCUCUUAUUAAAGAAGUGAUUUAUGAAGAGCAAAUAUUCUCCAAAGGUUUAGAUAUAACGUCACAUUGACACCCAUUAAAACGAUUUUUAUCAGUUUUUUUGCAGAUUUGCAUUCCGAGCAUCCACAGCCACUCAGUGUUAAUGUAAAUAUGGUGUAAAAGGCUGAAUCUGGGUGUAAUUAAAAAAAUACUUCUAAAAUGCAAAAUAUCUUAAUAGCCUUAAAACAGGCUUUAUUUUUCAUAAGCUAAUAUAAUUUGUAUGUCUUUUGAUUUUGGGCUGAAAUAUGUUCUUGACAGGUUUCAUGACUUUCACCCUAAAGCAAACGUUUAAAACAAACUCUAUUCACCCCAAAAAAAUGAAUUCAUCAUCUCUCUUCUGCCGUUUGAUGUUUGGAAUUAGCAAGAAGUUAGUCUGUAAUAUCAGAAGAUAUUUUUUAGGAUAUUUUUUAAACUGAUGUCAGAGCAAUUUGAUGUGCUGAGAAGAGCCUCGCUCAGCACAUACACACACACGCGCACGCCACCGCCCCCCUGCUCAAUGCCUGCACUCAUUCCUGCUUUACCAUGUGACUUAUGCAACAAGAUUCCUUUUGUAAAGAUAUGCUUUGUAUUAAAGGGGAUACUGGGGAAUAGAGUCUCACAAAUGCAUAUUUUUAAAAUGGUGUCCAUUAUAUAUUCUAAAUGUAUUUCAGUUGUAAAAUACUAAAAAAUGAAAAGAUAAAAACAGAGUUAAGGGAGAGUGUUACUCGUGCACCUGUGCUGUAAAUUUGUUCUUCGGUGUGGUGAAAUUUAUCGCAGUUUCUUCUUUUUCCUAAUUUUCAUUGUGAAAUGUAAUGUCUCACUGUUUACUUUCGGAUAGCCGACUAAACGCAGCAGGACCGUAUGUUUAGGUUUGGAGGUUUUCUAUUUCCUGUUUUGAGGAGAGGACUGAAAGAGUGCAUGUGCUCACAGACUCCUGCCGUUUCAUCAUCCACCAACACCUUUUUUUGUUUUAGGACCCACGAGGGACUUUUAAAAAGGGACUUCCUGUUUGUGACAUAAUGUACAUUUAAAUGACUACAGGAUGAUGACGGUCCUUUGUUAUUUGUUACAGCUUGUGUUAUGGACAUGAAAAUAUGUGAAUUAUUGAAAAACAAUGAAAAAAUACAAAGCAGUUGUUUAGUCCGGUGCAGUGUAUAUGAAUAAAUAGAAAUAACUCAUUGUCCUAUUAAAAUACAGAUAAAAAGACAUUGUUGCAUUGUGAUCAUUGAGGAUAUUUUUAUCUCUCAGUUUUCGUCAAUGUACACAUUUUCAAUGCUCCAUGACAUCUGUAUACUACUGUAUACUGUAUAUGCUGGUGUACUCUAACAGUUUAUAAACAAAAAUCAUUUUCUUGCUUUGAGAAUUCUAACCCUAUGCCCCAAUUCGCAUAGUAUCAAGCCUAAAUAGUACUAGUAAAAAUAGAAUUAGUAUGUCCCGAAUCAUAGUAUGUUGAAAUUACCAUCCUUAACAGCCUAGGCAACAAUAGUCACUUGUUUGUAUGUUGCAGAAAUUGCAUAGGAACUAAAAUGUACCAAAACUCUGUGAACUGUAUCAUUUUGCUGCCUUAAAUUUCGAAGUACAAUUAAAUUGGUUUUAUGGGUCAUUUACCAGA